GCUUUCUAAUCAUACAAUUUCUGUUCAAGCUGAAUGCCUAAUGUUGAUUUGAAACAAAUACCCGUUAAUACUUAGGUACAUAGCUGCAGAACUGUUAUUCUUGUUAUGAAAGGACCAUGAACUGUCUUAAGCAUUUGCCCCCAAAAAUAUGUAAGUACAUGAAGACACUUUAAAACAGAUGACUUCUGAAAACACAUUUGAGUUUAGGUAAAAUCUAAAAUGUUAGUAAUUUGCAAUAAUUAAAUACAGGUAUCAUCACAGGUACUUCAUAAAAAGUGAGCUAAACAAUUAUAUUUGAAAUACCUCUUUUGAAAAGUCUUUUGCUUUUGUGUACAUCAUAAAAAGUGAACCAAAGUAGAAUUAUGCAAUUAUAUUUUAAAUACCUCUUUGUGUGAUUAUUCAGAUUCUCAAGAAAGAAGUACUUCUCUACAUUCCUGCCAGUGAAGUGAAAAAGAAACAUAUCAAAGAUGUGUUAGCUGAGUUUUCACCUAAACUUUGUGGAUAUGGUUUGGUAAGAAUGACAUCUUUGGACGAAAAUAUGUGGACCAGUGGGAAGGUAGACUUUCCUCCAAAUGUUGAUGAACAUUUUUGUAGAAUCAUAAUACACCAUUGUAUUCCAUGGCUACCACUCAUAAUUUACAAGAGAGAGUGUGCUUGGCGUGAAAUGGGAACAAAUAACAUAUUCCGUUGCAUUGAAGGCCUCUCUGACUAUGAAGAAGGUUUUUGUGGUCAUGUUAGUCACAUUUUACUGAAUAUCUUGGAAUAUGGAUAUAAAGAUGCUCUCAUGCAAAUUGAAGAUCUUACAAAGAAUAUAUUUAAGGACUGUAGCGAUAUUGAAUCAAUCUUCAAGUUGAUGAAAAACCUUUUUGAACCUGUAAUACACGGCAUGUCACCUGACAGCUUGAGUGCCCUGGGGUAUGUUUAUAGUAAACUCUCUGUGAAUCAAGAUUGCAUCAGGCGUUCACAAUGGGUUACACCAACCAUCUGUCAGUUAAUUCUGAAAGGUUUUAAGGAAAUUUCUGUGAAGGACAUACCAAGCACAAUGAUGUCAGCUUUCAAGAGGAUUGCAGAAAGUUUGUGUCAAGUUGCAUUUCCUAAAAGUCCAUGCCACUUCUUCACUGUACUGGAAUACUGCUUUCAUCUGUUUUCACCUGAAUAUUUCUCCAAGCUGUUGCAGAAAUCUAUUUCAACCAAUACAUUCAAGGUACAUGACAAUGAACAUGUGAGAUCGGUUCUCAGAGGAACAUACAGUCUUGUGAGCACAGAUGAUGAACCCUCAUAUUGCCAGUUCUUUGAGAGAUUGCUACAGCACUUACCGUUGGAAUUUGCCCUGGCAGAGGAAGAAAAUGUAAGCUUUUUCAAAACAGAUACCCAGACUAUCAUUCGUAUGAAAGUGGAGAAUGAAUGCUCUUCUCUAAUGAAGACAAGAAACAUUGGGCAGAUGGUUGUGCUCCAUGAAGUGCUUUCCAAAUGGGAAAAAGUUAAAGGAGAUAUUGCCAGAUGUAUGGAACAGAAAGUGAAUGGUAUGUGUGAAAACACCCACAAGACUCGUGAUUUUGACUGCCACAAAUUACAGACACUUUUGCUUGCAGACAAUCUCUUUGUUGAACCUUCCUCUCGUGUUGAAGUGAUGAAAUUACUGGCAGUGUCAGACAACAAAAAGUUGCACUCCUUGUUCAAAGAGAUGUUGAAACAUGACUUUUUGGAUGGUUGUGGCGAAGAUAUCCUUUCUGAAUUGACCCAGAAAUGGUUUGAAAAAGCUAUUCAGUUACACUGUAGCGAUAGCCGAUAUGUCAGACCAAUUGAUGAUUUACCACAUGUCUAUGAAUAUCUGGGCUGGGCUUUGUCUGCAGAUUGUGUUUCAUGCAAUUGUAUGCUUGUCAAGUGUUUGAAAGAGAGAGCAUUUAUGUUCUUGAAGACAAAAAAUGUGCAAAGCUUAGUUGACAAGUUACUGGAAACAGAUUUUGAAGAAGAUUCACACUGCCAGGAAGUUUUUGCUGAACAUUUACAGACUUAUCUGUUAGAAGGAAAACAGGCGGUUAUGAUAGGUAUAAUUCUAUCUAAAGCUGGAACUUCAUCCUGGAUUGGAUAUUCACAAAGCAGAAACUAUUCAAAAUUGUAUGAAAAGAUGCUGGUGAAAUGCAUCGAAAAACGUGGCUUACUGGAAACAAAGAAUGAUGAAACCUGCUUUCUUCAGAUGUUAAAAAAUGCGGAGUUCUGGACAAACCUUCUGGAAAUGGCGGAGCAAUAUGAAUUCCUGAAUACAAAUGUUGUCCUUGGAAAAGCUUGUAGGGCUUCUGCCCAGAUGGCACAAAAGUUGUGUUCUAACACAUUGUCCCUCAUAUUUUCAAAGAAAUUACAUGCAGUAGUGAAAGAUGGCUAUUCUAAGUGUACCAAACUGCUUUUAGUUUCUGGUACAGUCUGCAAGAAAGAAGACUUGGAUAAGGCACUGUCACUGUUACCCGAAGCUAGGAAAAGGGCAGAACAUGAUGACGAAUUCAUUACUAAUAUUUUGAACAAACUUAAACAUCUCUUUUGGGGAAAAUGGCCUGAUUUAAAAAUUGCAGUUAAAAUGUUUCAGGAAAUGCACAAAGAAGUACAGGCGGGAUCAGUAGUUGUAUCAGCUCUUCUUGAUCAUUCAUUUUGGGGCCCUUUCUGUGAUAUCCUGAGGUCUAGUGAUCAUAUUUUCAAUGUUUCAAAGUCACAAAGUUUUUGGAAAAUCUCUAAAACAGUGAUAAACCAAUGGUUAUCAAUUCCUGAUAUUUUAGAAACAGUUAUGCCUUCAAAUCCAGAAGACGACAUUUGCCAGCUGUUUGGAGAAGACAGAAUUGAAGAUGAUAACCCUUAUGUAACUGUGAAGGUGAUGGGAAUGCUUGCUUCUGAAUGUAUAAGAGACUAUGAAAAUAUGUGGAGGCCCCUUUUUGAUGGCUCUGAUCAAAGAAUAGGUGACAUGCGACCCCUGCUUGAUGUUGAUGACAGUGUUUCUGAACAGUCAGUAGCAGAAUGUCAUUUUGACAGGAAGUUACAAGUUUGGGUUAAGAAAGCAGUUCACAUGUUUGACAAAUACUUUGAGUAUUCUGCUAGAGUUGAAAUAUUGAGGAAGGUGUUGAAAAUACUUCACUUACAGGAAUUGGAGGAAACAUUUGCAGAAUCUGUGCAAGCAUUUACAUCACUUGAAGAAAAUAAUUUGGAUGACCUAACACUGAGACAGCUGUUUGAGACUGGAAACAUAUUGAGUCAGAUAAAUGAGAUACUUCAAGGUGAACUUUCAAACAUUUUGGAGGAACUUUCAAAAUCAUCUUUUCUUGUAGACUUUCUUCGAGAGACCGCCUUGGAAGAUCUGCGUAACCUAAUUGAUGCUGUGGAGGAGCACUCAGAACAGUCUGUGCAAGAAUCAACUGUGUCUGCUCUGAUAAAUGUGAAAAGAUUUCUCAGCCCAAUACUUAGGGAAACUCCCCAUUCAGAAGUGAAACAUGUGUUGACAAUGCUGCAGAAGUCACUGACUGAUUCAAAAAUAACCAACCUGGAUCAAAAGAUUUCUGAGUGUAACACCCACCUUCACAGCCUAAAGGCUCUUUUUCAUAAUGUUGCCAACAGGGGUGAAGUUACGAAAGAAAUUGUCAAGAAAGCUGUCCAGCAAGGAUCAAACUGCAUGCAGGCCCUUGCCACAGGAAAAGUGUACAGAAAUGCUCAAGAAGUAUUUUUCAAGUGGAACAGAUAUGUCCUUCACUCUCGGAAACCUGGUUGUAGUAAAUCUUUGUCUCUGCAGCUGAUUAAGAGUAACUUGAGGGGGAAAGACUCAAAAGAUCCAUAUUUCCAGAGUUUGCCUCAGUUGUUCUGUGUGUCAUACCAAGGAUCUGAAUCAUCUACCUCUGACGGUAUCCUCAAGGUAUUUGCUAAAGCUGAAAAAUACAAAGAGAAUGACAAAGACAACAGUGUUCUACCUGUUGUCAUUUUGGAUGAAAUUGGACUUGCAGAGAUGUCAAGAUUUAAUCCCCUAAAAGUUCUUCAUAGUUUGUUAGAACCUGGGGAAACAGAGCUUCCAAAUGUUGCUGUUGUUGGUAUUUCCAACUGGGCUCUUGAUGCAGCUAAGAUGAAUAGAGCUAUCCAUCUCUCAAGACCUGACAUGGACGCUAAAGAGCUAUAUCUUACAGGAAUUUCUAUCAGUGAGACUAGUGUAUCAGAUAAUCAGAAGAGAAUGAGUCUGUCAUCACUGCACCCAUCAGAACACUUUGACAGAAAAAUUAAUGAAGAUCUUGUUCAAGCAAUUGCAAAUGCUUAUUUGCAGUAUACAGGAGAACAGACAUUUAAGAAUUUCCAUGGUCUUCGAGACUUCUAUUCACUUGUGAAAUAUGUUUCAAAGGAAUUCAGUGCCUUAUCUGACCAUGACUCUGUUGAUUCAAGUGUCCAGUUACGAAUCAUUACGAAAGGAUUGCUGCGUAACUUUGGGGGACUGUCCAGUGAAAUCCACUCUGUUCUGACAGUAUACAGAAAGCAUUUGGAGAAGUUGCUUUCUGUCAACUUCCCUGAGGUGGAAGACAUUCCGUGCCCCUUCAGCAAAGUGUUCAUUGAUCAGAUAGAAACUUUGAAAGAACCUUUCAUGGAUGCCUUCAGAGCUGAAUAUUCAGACCUUGAUAUUGAUGAAGUUAAUGAAGAAAUCAAGGAUACAUUGACAAUGCAAUUCCAGCCCACAAAACAAGCAAAUGAAGGUUUGAAAGAAGUACCUUCAGGUAGCUCAGAGGAACAUGGUGCAUUGGAAAAGUAUGUCCAAGAUGAGGAUGCAGAAGAACAGCUAGAUGCUGAGCGCACAAGCAGUGUGGUGGAUGUAAUGGAUAUAGAGUUAGAAUCUGAAUCUGAAACACAAAGUGGAGAUGAAAUCUGUUACCAGAUGGAAGACUAUUUGAAGCCACCAACUCCUGAUGAAAUACAAUAUGAAGAAAAACCAAAUUCUGAUGAAGAUGAAAGUGAAAUGAUCAAAGACAAACUGUCAAAUGUAGAUGAACAACCAUGUGCAGAUGACUGUGAAGAUGUUAACACUGCCUUAGACAAGUGUCAGAGUCAAAAGACUUCCUAUCACUAA